CCGAAAAUAAUUUUUGUUUACAAUCUCGACGAAAUACUUCCUGAAAGUACACAUUAGAUUAUCGACGAACAAAGUGAUGGAUGCAGAACUUGGCUCGAUUGUGGACGGCCCGAUUUUACACAUUGUUGUGAUUGGAUUUCAUCACAAAAAAGGUUGUCAGGUUGAUUUCUCGUAUCCACCAUUGGUAGAGGGCUGCAGUAGCGACAGCCCUGAGGUACCGCCCGAAUGGAAGCAUCUACCAUGUCAUGCCGUUCCAGACGGUGCACACAAUUACCUUGAAGACACGAUAUACUUCCAUUUACCAGGGAAAGGAGAGAGCCGGAACACUGUAUAUGGCAUUUCCUGCUACAGACAAAUUGACACAAAGGACUUGAUAAGUAAAGACAAGGAGUUCACUCGAGGCACUGUUCAGAAGAGUGUGUGUGUGCUCAGCAAACUGCCACUGUACGGUUUAAUUCAAGCCAAGUUGAAGCUCAUUACCCAUGCAUACUUCAGUGAGCGAGACUUCUCAAAGACGUCAAUUUUAAUGGAAUUGUACAAGAGUUUGAACGGGUCGUUGACCACUGGUCAUUUGGAUGAUUCUCAAGUCUUCCUGGAUCUGCCGCUCAGAGAUCUGGUGCUGACGUUCAAGCAUAAGGUUCUUGUGUUGUUCAAGCUGCUUCUAUUAGAGCGGCGUGUUCUGUUCUUUGCUCAGCCAGUUCAUACAUUAAGUACAUCCCUCCUAUCUCUUGUGUCGUUGUUUCCAGCCAUGCUGGAACACGGUCUUAUUGAAGCAGCAUCCUACAAACACUACCGCCCGCAAACUCCAACGUUAGAGCUGAGAGACUUCGGCAUUGACACCAAAGAAUACGAGAACGUCACCAUGUCGCACGUUCCCAACUACCGCAAGAAGAAGACGGAAGACACAAAUCUGAAAACUCCUUCUGGUGUGGAUAAGGACUCUCCAUUGGAGAGCCCUUGUAAUAACCUGAGAAAGACCGAUGAUGUAGGGUCAUUCCAGAGUAGCUUGGAGUCCCCCGGCACAAGGUCAGGGGACAGUACCCUCACCAGAGACUCAGCAAUCCCAGAUUCUAUAACUUCAUUAUCAUCCACAGAGAUGAGAAACUCGACAUCAUCUAUUCAACAAAGUGAUCCGACGAAUGUCGAUCUGACAAAUGCGGAGGACGUUAAGAGUAGUAGCAGGGACAGGACGGCCAGCCAAAGAGCCAGGUCGAAGAGUGGGGAGUCAAAGGAUGAGGCUACCACACCAGGGUCUACGAAAUCUCUUGAGGAAGACCUUCUAGCGAUGAUCGAUCAGGAGUUGUACGGGCCGUACUUUGAGGGAAGAAAACCGAGUCAAACGGAAGAGGACAACGUAGCUCAAACGGAGAAAAAGAAUAGCACCUCAUCAUCCACGGAAACGGAACCAAAGCAAACUGAGAAUGAUAGGGUAUUCAGUGAUCCAUUAACGAGGGGGAUUCAGAGUUCAUUGUCCAGGGACACGACCCCGGAUCAGAAGAAGAAGAAAGUGCCGUCAGACGAAUGUUGCGAGAAAGAGACGGGCCAGGGAUUAAGCGGCGCGGAGGAUUUUGUCGUUUUACACAACUGUCCCUCAGUGUCUACCAUUAAGGCAGAUGAUUUUGGUUUUCCAUUGUCGCUAUUCGGAAAGGGUUCCUUGUGUCAUCCAUACAUGGCUCUCCAGCAGCACGAUCUACUUCAAGAUGUCAACGUACGAUGUUUUCUCAUCGGUGCAUCCAACAUGCUCUUCAAACAACGCAGGCAUCUUAUAGAUGUCCUAGUAGAGGUGGAGGACGGUAAAGUCCUCGUUUUUGACAGCGAGCUUCGCAAGGAGUUGAGUCUCUCUACAGCGGAUUUAAGAUUCGCUGACUUCUUGAUCAAGCAUGUGUCGGAAAAGAGCCAAGAUUUGUAUCUUGAUAACACAGGUUGGGAAGGAGGUGAUGAAUGGAUCCGAGCUCAGUUCAAAGUGUAUGUCUUGUCUCUACUCUCCACUGGUCUGCAUCAGAAGCACGAGAGAAGUAUGAGCGAUUUCAACGACAGUUUUGUGAGCGCCUGGAAGACGACGCAUAACUACAGAAUCUGGAUGAGCAAGGAGCACCCUGGAAUUGACUUCAUUCAUGCUGGCCACCCUUUCCAAGGACAGCUUGGUAUGAACGACAUGAAGAUCAGGCUUCAAAGUGCUAUGCAAACGACGGACAGAGGAAAGAAACUAAACAGUGCCCUGAAUCGCACCAGCGUAGCCAUGUUGCACACGGGCAAGGCGGUUGGUGGCGCUCUGAGUAGCGCCAAGUCGGCCGUGUCGGCGUGGAUAUCCGGUCUGGCGUCGGAGUGGAAGGAUGCAGACGACGAUGCGGAUUAUGAAGAGGAUCAGGAUUAGUCAUCUACAGCUAAGCCUCAUCUCAGAUCUUCUAAAAAAAUACAGUUGCUAAUGGUAGAAAAUUUUUGAGAAACAACGAACGUUAUGAACUUGCCAGCCAAUGUUUUUCGUUUUCAUUUUUAAUUGCAAUAAUUAUAUUCUGCUAUGCAAAUUUUAAGUUGUCUCCAAAAUAUUGUGUCCUCCAAAGUGAACUGGUUAACACUUGAAGCAAUGGAGAUUUUAUUAUUGACCCAAUUCACCUGACGUCGUCAUCAGAAUAAUCUUGGAUGCGUCAUUUUGGUGGUCAAUG